AAGGAAAAGGGCGGCGUGGCGAGACCACCUCGGAGAGACUAGCGGCCACAUCUGCUUAACGGGAAGCGGGAAGGAGGGGUUAAGAAAGGCAGCCCUGGUUCCUCUGGGCCUGCCACUCCUGCACCGUUAUGGGGAUGCUGCAGAUCCUCUAUGAUUACUUCUGGUGGGAGCGAUUGUGGCUACCUGUGAACCUGACCUGGGCUGACCUGGAGGACCGCGAUGGACGCAUCUACGCCAAGGCUUCUGACCUUUACAUCACUUUGCCCUUGGCUCUGCUCUUCCUUAUUAUCCGAUACUUCUUCGAGAUUUAUGUGGCUACCCCGCUGGCUGCCCUCCUAAAUGUGAAGGAGAAAACCCGACUUCGAGCAUCCCCCAACCCAACCCUGGAGAACUUCUACUGUACCAGUGGCAAACACCCCAAACAGGCAGAGGUGGAGCUCUUGUCCCGGAAGAGCGGGCUCUCUAGCCGUCAGGUGGAGCGAUGGUUCCGGAGACGCCGAAAUCAGGACCGGCCUAGUCUGCUCAAGAAGUUCCGGGAGGCCAGUUGGAGAUUCACCUUUUAUCUUAUUGCCUUCAUCGCCGGCAUGGCCGUCAUUGUGGAUAAACCUUGGUUCUAUGACAUGAAAGAAGUAUGGAAAGGUUAUCCCAUACAGUCUACCAUCCCUUCCCAGUACUGGUAUUACAUGAUAGAACUCUCCUUCUACUGGUCCCUACUCUUCAGUAUUGCUUCUGAUGUGAAACGAAAGGAUUUCAAAGAACAGGUAAUCCACCACGUGGCCACCAUCAUACUCAUCAGUUUCUCCUGGUGUGCCAACUACAUCCGAGCCGGGACGCUCAUCAUGGCUCUCCAUGACUCCUCCGACUACCUGCUGGAGUCAGCCAAGAUGUUCAACUACGCCGGAUGGAAAAACACGUGCAACACUAUCUUCAUUGUCUUUGCCAUUGUCUUCAUCAUCACUCGACUGGUCAUCUUGCCCUUCUGGAUCCUCCACUGCACAAUAGUGUACCCUCUGCAGCUGUAUCCUGCCUUUUUUGGAUAUUACUUCUUUAACUCCAUGAUGGGUGUGCUGCAAGUGCUGCAUAUCUUCUGGGCCUACCUCAUCCUUCGCAUGGCCCUCAAAUUUGUAACUGGAAAGCUGGUAGAAGAUGAGCGCAGCGAUCGGGAGGAGACGGAAAGCUCUGAGGGUGAUGAGGCUAUCACCAGUGGGGGAAUGAAGAACCAUCAUCUAGCCAACGGUCACCCCAUCCUUAACAAUAACCACAGAAAAAAUGACUGA